AUUCCAAUGAUGGGGUGCUAUUCCUCCCACUGACACCAAUGAUGAGGCACUACUCCUCCCACUGACACCAAUGAUGGGGCACUAUUUCAUCCACUGACACCAAUGAUGGGGCACUAUUCCUCCCACUGAUACCAAUGAUGGGACACUAUUCUCCCACUGACACCAAUGAUGGUGCCCCAUCAUUAGUGUCAGUAAUCGUGCCCCAUCAUUGGUGUCAGUGGGAAGAAUCGUGCCCCAUCAUUGGUGUCAGUGGGAGGAAUAGUGUCCCAUCAUUAGUGUCAGUGGGAGGAAUAGUGUCCCAUCAUUGGUGUCAGUGGGAGGAAUAGUGCUCCAUCAUUGGUGUCAGUGGGAGGAAUAGUGGCCCAUCAUUGGUAUCAGUGGGAGGAAU